AUGACGUCAUCAUCAUUCAUCAACGCCAUGCGGCGGUUCAUUGCCGUCCGAGGUAAAGUUUCGGAGUUCCGCUCAGAUUGCGGUAGUAAUUUUGUAGGAGCGGUCAAUGAGCUUGGAAUUCACUCUAUCAACAUGGGAGAUCCUCAAGUGAAAACUUACCUGGACACCAACAACAUGAUCUGGAGAUUUAAUCCUCCCCAUGCAUCUCACUUCGGCGGAGUAUGGGAGAGAAUGAUAGGAAUAGCCCGACGCAUUCUCGACGCGAUGCUUCUUGACGUCAAAGAUGGACAGCUGACAGAUGAAGUGCUAGCGACUUUCAUGGCCGAGGUUGCUGCUAUAAUGAAUUCUAGACCUUUGGUUGUUGUUUCUUCGGAUUGCGAGAUGCCUCAUUUGCUGUCGCCAGGAAAGUUACUUACUCAGAAGACCACUGACGACAUAAUCGUCCGGCAGGACUUAAGUAUCAAGGAUAUGUACCGCUCGCAGUGGCGAAUGGUCCAGGUCAUGGCGAACACGUUUUGGAAACGCUGGAAAUCGGAAUUUCUGUUUGCUCGACAAGCUCGUUCUAAGUGGAACUUAGAGACUGUUAAUCAUAAAGUGGGUGAUGUUGUGUUUCUCCGGGACAAGGAAUGUCCCCGUCUUUCGUGGCCGACUGGUCUUGUUACCAAAAUCUUUCCGAGUGAUGACGGACUAGUGCGUAAACUAGAGAUCCGGGUUGUGAAAGAAGGAAAACCUAGCGUUUUCAUUCGAUCCAUUUCGGAAGUGAUUCCGCUACUUGAUUCCUGUGAAUAA